UAUAUAUUCUUGUGUUAUAGACGUAUGAUCAACAUUCUUCUCAUCAAAAAGAGUUAAAAGCCCAAAAGCCAUUGCAAGUAAUGUUCUCAUUCCAGCAAAUUAAGAAGAUUCCAACUAAGAAGGAUAAGACUUGAGAGAAUCAAUUAUUUUGAGGGGCAAGAUUUAAUCAAGAGAUCAAAUGCAGAGAAACAAAACUUGUACAAGAACAAGACCCUGUUUGAGACAGAACCACCACCUUGAUAGGAAAUUACCAGUACAGUAUAAGGACAUGUCAAGAUACCAUGUCACAUACGAUCCAUAUGAGCUGGAGAAGUUGGUGAGGAGGAGACAUUGGAGAUUAACGACGUGGUCUUCCAUCAAAGAAGAUUAAUUUGUGUUAUCACCACUCAUGCACUGCAGAUUAUACAAAUGCAUACUUGUUAAUAUAUCAAUGUGAGUUGGAGGAACUGGUGGAGAGGAGACAUUGCAUAAACAUAGCUGACAUAGUGUUGUAGAUCUAAAUCUGAGUUAAUCAUCUUAAAUGCCAUUAGUUAACUCUCAUAUGAUUCCUUCUGUCUCCCUUACACUUGCAGUAUAUAUAUAUAUAUAUAUAUGGAUCAGUUGCACAAGAAAAAGGCAAGACAAAGUGAAUCAUCAUAUUGAAAAUUUCCGACUUCCAAAGCCUCUCUCAAUUUCAACAAGUGAAGAAAUGGCUUCCUUGGCUUCUCACACUCGCUCAAACAGCUUGCCCUCAAGACCACACCCUUUCACUUCAGAAUUUGAAGACCAUCUGAGAAGAUUAAGGGCCUCUGAAUCUGAGGCCUUCUCUUCUUCAACUUCUUCAAUUUCCCAUCAACUUAGUGGACUUCAGGAUUUACAUGACUGUGUCAACAAGUUGCUUCUCCUACCCCUCACACAACAAUCAUUAUCCCAACAUCAGAGAGAGGGUUGUGUUGAUGAGUUGUUGGAUGGAUCUCUGAGACUCUUAGAUGUGUGGAGUACUGCUAAAGAUGCCUUGUUGCAGACAAAAGAGUCUACACUUGCCCUCCAAUCAGUUUUGCGCAGAAGUCAUGGAGGUGAAAUCAGGGACAUUAAAGAGUACUUAGCCUCUAGAAAGGCUGUGAGGAAGGCCAUCUCCAAGGCAUUCGGAAACUUGAAGCGCAAGGAAAGUAAAAGUUCUUUUCUGAUCAACAAAGACCAGGAGAGUUCUAUUGCAAUGCUAAUAGAGGUGGAAGCAGUCAGUCUUAAGGUGUUUGAAUCCUUGUUGUCAUUCAUCUCAGGAACAAAGACAUCGAAGCUUGGAGGGUGGUCACUAGUCUCCAAGAUAGUGAAGCCCAAGAGAAUUGAAUGUGAGGAAAAUCAAAGAAAAACAAAUGAAUUUGUAGAUGUGGAUGCUGCACUAUGCAUCUUCGUUGGUCGCAAAGCAAGUAAAUUUGAAGACAUUGGUAAGGUGCAGAACCAGCUGAAAAGCUUGGAGUUGUGUGUUCAGGAUCUUGAAGAGGGACUUGAUAGUUUGUGUAGGCACUUGAUCAAAACAAGAGUCUCCCUUCUCAACAUCCUCAAUCAUUAGCUUACAAAAACCCUUGACAAAUGUACAUAUAUGAUCAUGUAGUAUUCUCUCAAAAGAGUAAUUAUAUAC